AUGAGGCUGUCACUGCACAUUGCAGUGGUACUGCUUUCGGUGUACCACACCUGUAAGGCGGACCGCACGGCGAGAGAUGUCUCCAGCCUCUACAGCCAGAACUAUGGGGUGGUGGGAGCACCGAUUGAGGCCAACUUGAACGAGGAUGGCUACUUCUACCCGAAGCCGAAGAUACCGUUCCCACCGCCUCCUCCACCACCGCAACCAACGAGACCUCCACCUCCGCCACCGCCGCCACCGCCGCCACCGCCACCUCCAACCAGACUACCACCGCCACCACCACCACCUCUAACCAGGCCACCACCACCACCGCCACCACCUCCUACCAGAUUACCACCACCGCCGCCACCACCACCGAGUAGACCUCCACCACCACCGCCACCACCUCCAACCAGACCUCCACCACCGCCUCCACCGCCACCUACGAGACCACCACCACCCCCACCACCACCAACUAGACCUCCACGGCCACAACCUACGACUUAUGUGUAUGAAACUCCACGAGUUCCUUUCCCCCCACCAACUAGACCACCACCUCCUCCGCAACCACCUACUAGACGUCCACCACCCACUCCUCCACCGCAACCACCACCAACAUACACCACACAGCUAGACGUCAGUAUUACAACUGGUUACGACUACCCCACUCCAAAAGUAACCUUCACACUUCCAACAAGACCUCCACCACCACCAACAACACCUAAAGCUAUAAUCACAAGGCCUCCACCACCACCACCACCACCAACGAGACCUCCGUCAACGUAUCUUCCGCCAACAAGACCACCCCCCCCAACACCCCCACCUACACCAAGGCCACCACCACCACCACCACCACCACCACCACCAACGAGACCUCCACCCCCACCACCACCACCGCCAACAAGACCUCCACCGCCACCUCCACCACCCCCGACGAGGCCUCCACCCCCACCACCACCACUGCCAACAAGGCCCCCACCGCCACCUCCACCACCUCCAACCAGACCACCCUCCACGUAUUUACCUCCGCCAACAACGAGAAGAACACCACCACCUAUAACUAGACCACCACUACCACCAAUAACGAGGCCUCCACCACCACCGAUCACACGACCACCACCGCCGCCACCUACACCUUACCUUCCACCGCAAACAACGACGCGGCCACCGCCACCUCCACCACCGCCAACAACAAGGCCACCACCACCGCCUCCUCGACCACCAACGACGACCAGACGCCCACCAACAUACUCCACCAUAAUUCCUACAUACAGAACCACUGGCUACGAAUACCCGACGCCGAAGGUUGUUUUCACCCUUCCGACAACGAGGCAGCCGACACCGCCACCCACAACAAGACCGCCACCUCCCCCACCCACCACCAGGGCUCCACCACCGUCACCGCGGCCGACAUCACCUACUCCGGGCUACACAUACCCUAGACCAUCAAGCACAUACCCGGCUCCCACAUACACCACAAGGAGGCCAGUGUCCAUUACUCCUCCCACAACCCCGCGUGUGGUCUACACCCAACCCUCCACCACUAGGGCGCCUUUCACCACCCGCCCGCCCUACGUACCUGACCAGGGUUAUUACUACGAUCGACCACAAGUUCCCUUCGUUUUC